GUACCGCUACUAAAACCAUCCACAUUAGCAGAUCAAUGCGUGCUGUGUCACUGAAGCGCAUCGUGCCGAGAUCCUAUAUUUCUAGUCAUCGCGAACCAUGGAAGGUAUCGUCAUGGACGAUACCAAAGUCGCGCUGGGAAGGCUUCAAAGGCUAUCUGGGCAGCCCCACGUAUGGCCAAUCUUUAUUGGCCAUGUACUCGCCUGAUCCUUAGGCACGUCAAGCCAUUGAAAGAUCAUGAUGAUACCCAGCUAGUUGGCUGAUUCGUUGUGCAGGGAUGUGAUUUCGAAGCAAUCCAACGAGUCCAGCAUGGAUAUUAGGUUGGGAGGCAGGUCUC